AUGGAACAUUUUGGUCUCUUUCUUAGUUUGACUCUCUUGUUCCUUUCUCCGAUCUUAUCUCUGACCGAUGUGCCGGAACUUAGCCGCGAGCCAGCUCGUCCACUCGCCUUUGUUCCCCAUGACCGCUCCAAAUCGGAACCGCAACAGGUGCACGUAUCAUUGGCGGGUAAGGACCACAUGAGAGUAACGUACAUAACGGACGACAAGAAGGUGGAGUCGGUGGUGGAAUACGGUAAGCAACCGGGAAAAUACAACGGAAAAACCGUCGGAGAAUCUACUUCUUACAGAUACUUCUUCUACAACUCCGGAAAGAUCCAUCAUGUCAAGAUCGGACCUCUUCAACCCAACACCACUUACUACUACCGUUGCGGUGGCAACGGUCCUGAGUUUUCUUUCAAAACUCCUCCGUCAACUUAUCCGGUCGAGUUCGCCAUCGUAGGUGACCUAGGCCAAACCGGAUGGACAGAAGCAACAUUAUCUCAGAUAAAGAGCCAAGACUAUGACGUCUUUCUACUUCCAGGCGACCUCUCAUACGCGGACACUCACCAGCCACUUUGGGACUCAUUUGGCCGUCUGGUCGAGCCACUCGCGAGCCAGCGUCCUUGGAUGGUCACUCAGGGAAACCACGAGGUCGAAUUCUUUCCAAUCAUUGAACACACAACCUUCAAAUCGUACAAUGCCCGGUGGCGCAUGCCUUAUACGGAGAGCCUCUCUGAGUCUAAUCUUUACUACUCUUUUGACGUAGCCGGCGUCCACACGGUUAUGCUCGGUUCUUACACCGACUUUGACUCUGAUUCCGAUCAGUACCAGUGGCUUCAAGCCGAUCUAGCAAAGGUUGACCGGAAAACGACGCCGUGGGUGGUGGUGUUGCUGCACGCGCCGUGGUACAACACGAACGACGCGCAUGAAGGUGAAGGAGAGAGCAUGAGGAAAGCUAUGGAGUCUCUUCUCUUUAGUGCUCGUGUCGACGUCGUUUUUUCCGGCCAUGUUCAUGCCUACGAACGUUUCACACGUGUAUAUGACAACAAGGCCGACCCAUGUGGGCCUAUAUACAUAACAAUCGGUGAUGGAGGCAACCGAGAAGGGCUUGCCUUAUCGUUCAAGAAGCCACCAUCGCCUUUAUCUGUAUACCGUGAGUCGAGUUUUGGACACGGGAGAUUGAAGGUUAUAGAUGGGAAACGAGCUCACUGGUCGUGGCAUAGAAACAACGACUCGAACACACUUCUUGCGGAUGAACUCUGGCUCGACAGUCUUAGCACAUCAUCGUCAUGUUGGCCUUCUAAUGGUUCCACUGAUGAGCUCUAA